AUGGAGUUCCAGUUCAUCUACGUGAUCUACGCGUUUGGCUCACUCUUUCUCAUUGCCAUCAUCGGCUCUGCGGUACUGCGCUACAAUCGUCGCCGGGCGCAAGAACAGGAGCUGCAGAACCAGGCUUACGUGCCGGCGCCGGCGCCGCCUGUGGUGGUCGGGCCGGGAUUGCCUGACGCACAAGUGGUGUCAGCAGCGGUGGUCGCUGUGCCGGCUGUGGCAGCCACAGCCGGUGCGAAUUUCUGCAGCGGCUGCGGGAACCCCCUCAGCGGGCCCUUCUGUAGCAACUGCGGGCGGAAGCAUGGCGUGGCCUCGGCAGAGGCAUGA